GACCCCCCCACCCCUCCUCCUCCUCUUCCUCCUCCUCCUACAGCACCACAUUGUUCUGCAGACCUCCACCCGGAGCUGCUGCUGCUCCCCCCUUUAAAGUGCUGCUGGAGGAGCCUGGCGAGAGGACACACACACACACACACACUGACACCCUGACACACACAGACACAGCCGCUCCCCGGCGAAGGUUGUCCGUCCCUUUGUGUUGGACUGGAGCGUCCGGCGGCCGACACGUGAACAAAGAGCGGCGGAGCGACGGCCGGACUGCAGCGCCGACGGGCGGGAUGAGCGGCGCGGCGCGGCGCCGGACGGGUGGCCACCGGCUCAGCGUCCAGCAGGCUCAGCAGUGAAGUGGGACGGCCCGGCGGUCUUCAUGGCACCCAGACCGUCGUCAGGAGAACUAUGGGGUCUCCAUCUGAUGCCACCCCGGAUCCUGGUGGACUGCUGCCUGCCCAAUGGGAUGAUGGUGAGUCUGGAGUGUCUCAGGGAAACUCCUCUUAUCAGCAUCAAACAGCAGCUCUUCAUUGAGGCCAGGAAGUACCCUCUUUAUCACCUGCUGCAGGAGGAGUCCUGUUACAUCUUUGUGGGCGUGACCCAGGAGGCGGAGAGGGAGGAGUUUUAUGACGAGACACGGCGGCUGUGUGACCUUCGACUGUUCCACCCAAUUCUGAAGGUCAUCGAGCCACUUGGCAACCGUGAGGAGAAGAUCCUGAACCGGGAGAUCGGCUUUGCCAUCGGGAUGCCGAUCUGUGAGUUCGAGAUGAUGAAGGAUCCAGAGGUCCAGGACUUCCGCCGCUCCAUACUCAGCGUGUGCAGAGAGGCCAUGGAGGAGAGGGAGGGGGGCGGGGCCCACAGCCAAGCACUCUAUGUUUACCCCCCAAACUUGGAGUCCUGCCCCCAACUACCCCAGCACAUUUACAGCAAGCUGGACAAAGGACGACUCAUUGUGACUAUCUGGGUGAUCGUGUCUCCGUCUAACUCCAAACAGAAAUACACACUGAAGGUGACUCAUGACAGUUUGCCAGAGCAACUAAUCGCUGAGUCCAUCAGAAAGAAAAGUCGAUCAAUGCAUCUUUCACCUCAGCAGCUCCGCCUGUGUGUGCAGGAGUACCAGGGCCAGUACAUCCUCAAGGUGUGCGGCUGUGAUGAGUACUUGUUGGAGAAGUUUCCCCUCAGUCAAUACAAGUAUAUUCGGUCAUGUAUCACGGUAGGACGUCUUCCUCACCUCAUGCUGGUGUCCAAAGACAGUCUCUACUCUCAGCUUCCUGCCUCGGGCUUUGUCACACCAUCCUACAGCCGCCGUACUCCUCAGCCGUCCCCCUGUCCUGGAGGAGGAGACGGCAGUCCUCCUCGCUCCCUUUGGGCCUUCAACACUCUACUGAGGAUCAGAUUGCUCUGUGCCACCUACGUCAAUGUCAACAUCCGGGACAUCGACAAGAUCUAUGUGAGAACAGGUAUCUAUCAUGGAGGAGAACCACUCUGUGACCAUGUCAACACACAAAGAGUUCCCUGCUCUAACCCCAGGUGGAACGAGUGGCUCACCUAUGACAUCUACUUGGCUGACCUUCCACGUUCAGCAAGACUCUGUCUGUCCAUCUGUUCUGUGAAGGGAAGGAAAGGAGCCAAGGAGGAGCACUGUCCUUUGGCCUGGGGAAAUGUCAAUCUCUUUGACUAUCAGGACAUCCUUGUCUCUGGUAAAGUUGCUUUGAGUUUGUGGCCUGUCCCUCAUGGCCUUGAAGACCUGCUUAAUCCUAUUGGAGUGGCUGGUUCAAAUCCCAACAAGGAGACUCCAUGUGUGGAGCUGGAAUUCUCCUGGUUCAACCAGACUGUUGUGUUUCCAGACGAGCAACAGAUAGAAGAGCACGCCAACUGGACCAUCAGCCGAGAGCUUGGCUACAACUACUGCCACGGACUGAGCAGUCGUCUGGCCUGUGACAGCAGCGUUUCAGCAGCAGAUGUGGAGCAGCUUCGCUCUCUCUGUGCCAGAGAUCCCCUUUACGAGCUGUCGGAGCAGGAGAAAGACUUUCUGUGGAGACACAGACAUUACUGUGUAAACAUCCCAGAGUCUCUUCCUAAGCUGCUUCUUUCAGUGAAAUGGAACUCCAGAGACGAAGUGUCACAGAUGUACUGUCUAUUGAAGGAGUGGCCGUUGAUGGAGCCCGAGUCAGCUCUGGAGUUGUUGGAUUGUAAUUUUCCUGAUCUGAUGGUCAGAGAAUUUGCUCUGCGCUGUUUGGUUCAGGGCCUGACGGACGACAAGCUAUCCCAGUACCUGCUGCAGCUUGUACAGGUGUUGAAGUAUGAGAUGUACCUUGACAACCCAUUGGCUCGAUUCCUCAUCAAAAAAGCCCUGACUAAUCAGAGGAUUGGUCACUUCUUUUUCUGGCACCUCAAAUCAGAGAUGCACAACAAGACAGUUUCCCGUCGCUUCGGUCUGCUGCUAGAAGCUUUCUGCAGAGCGUGUGGGAUGUACUUGAAACACCUCAACCGACAGGUGGAGGCGAUGGAUAAACUGGUAAACCUGACAGACACUUUAAAGCAGGAGAAAAAGGAUGAAACACAAAAAACUCAGAUGAAGUUCCUGGUUGAACACAUGUCUCGUCCAGAUUACAUGGAGGCUUUGCAAGGCUUCGUCUCUCCUCUCAACCCCGUCCACCAGCUGGGAAACCUCAGGCUGGAGGAGUGCAGGAUCAUGUCCUCAGCAAAGCGCCCCCUAUGGCUGAACUGGGAAAACCCAGACAUUAUGUCUGAGCUGCUCUUCACCAACAACGAGAUCAUCUUCAAGAAUGGAGAUGACCUGCGUCAGGACAUGCUGACACUGCAGAUCAUCAAGAUCAUGGAAAACAUCUGGCAGAACCAAGGCCUCGAUCUACGCAUGUUGCCAUAUGGCUGUCUCUCCAUUGGUGACUGCGUGGGGCUCAUUGAGGUGGUGAAGAACAGUUUCACCAUCAUGCAGAUUCAGUGUAAAGGAGGCCUGAAGGGGGCGUUACAGUUCAACUCCAACACACUGCACCACUGGAUCAAGGACAAGAACCGCGGCGAAGCGUAUGACAGAGCCAUAGACCUGUUCACGCGCUCCUGUGCAGGUUACUGCGUCGCCACCUUCAUUCUGGGAAUUGGAGACCGACACAACUCCAACAUCAUGGUGAAAGAGAACGGACAGCUGUUCCACAUUGACUUCGGUCACUUCCUGGACCACAAGAAGAAGAAGUUUGGUUAUAAGAGGGAACGUGUCCCCUUCGUCCUCACACAAGACUUCCUUAUUGUCAUCAGCAAAGGAGUCCAAGAGUCCACCAAGACCAAAGAAUUUGACAGGUUCCAGGAGAUGUGUUAUAAAGCCUAUUUGGCCAUCCGGCAGCAUGCCAGCCUCUUCAUCAACCUCUUCUCUCUGCUGCUGGGUUGUGGCAUGCCUGAACUCCAGAGCUUUGAUGACAUUGCCUACCUGAGGAAGACUCUGGCCCUGGAGAAGAGCCAGCAGGAGGCGCUGGAGUAUUUCACCAAGCAGAUGAACGAUGCUCACCAUGGAGGCUGGAGUACCAAGAUGGACUGGAUCUUUCAUACCAUUAGACACAUGCCCAAUGAGCACUAACACACACACACACACACACACACACACACACACACACACACACACACACACAGAGCUAAUUUUAUGUAACACUAGACACACCUGUGUGUUUUACAGCACUAUGUUGAUGAAAUUGUGGUUGUUGUCAGCAUCUUGUAUUUGUGUUGGUGGAUUGGUUGUCAUGGCAACAUUAAUCUCAGGGUCAGAGGUCAGUGUAGAGCUAGAAGGUGCCAAAGGCACUCUCGAAACUGGUGAUGAUGAUGGCAGGGAUGAAGAGGAUGUCAUAAAUGUCUUCCAGUCGGUGCUAGAGUCAAUCAGCGUGUCUACGCUUCUUGCCAUUUCAAGCUAUUUUCAAAAGAUUAUUAAGCUUUGAAGCAAGCACUGUGGUCACUGAGAGCAAUAAAACCUACACUCACUCCAUGUGUUUGACAAUCAGGAAUGUUGUUCAGUUGGAAAGCAGUGCUGAGCGGCUCUGUGGAGUCAAUCAAACAUGAUAAAACUGAUAGAAUUGUGAUUUCAAAUCUGAUAAUUUGGUUUUAAUCCUUAAAGAUGAAUGACACAUUGUUCACCCUCUCUGAUGCUUAGAUUUGUUUUGUUGGAUGUAGGUUUUUGGUGAAUAGUUUAUUGUGUCGUAUAUUCAUUUGCUUUUAUUGUACAUUGAUUUCUUCAGUGAAGUAUUGAUUUGUUCCAUUUAUUUAGUUUUGAUUUGCUUGAAUGUUGAUGUGUUAAAACUUUGUGGAUGUUUUUGUUGAAGAUCAUAAUCUUCAACUGCUUUCAGACCGCCUGCACUUUAAAUAAUGUCAUUCACAGUAUUAAUAUUGCACAGGAGGAUCAGACUAUUAGAAAAUGAUUCCCGAGUAUUGGAAGUGUUUCUGAAUAUUUUCUUGUAUUUCGCAUACAUUUGACAUUCUAAUUAGUUGAGUCUUUCUGAGCCAACAUAUCUUCCAGGAUCAUCAGGGAUGAAAAUGUGACAAUCUGAACCAAUCAGCUGCUCACUAGCCUAUUCACUGGAUCAGAUCAUGCUAAGCUGCUUAGCAUUGUUAGCACUAUCAGCUGAGCACUCUCUCGUUAUUGUUUUUUGUUUGAUUGUUAUUGCACUGUAAAAAGUGUAGCAUUGUGUAGUGUUGGUGGAAAUUUUGUGUCAUUGGCUGCCCAUCUUCAGGAGGUGUGGCUUCAGUCAGAUGAAGACAAAAUAAAAUUGAACUUUGUGAAAGUUAAGAGUGAAUGUUCGACACACCAGAGACCACUCACACAAUCGGCAGCUUCAGCCAAUCAGAGAGCUUGUUUAGGGGUCAGGUGAACAUGGGGCUGGAGCCUCAAGAGGGACACCACUCUGCAGAGACAAAAGAAAUUCCUUAUGUUUCAAUGUGUCCAUUUGUUUCAAUUAAAAGCCCAGCAGUUGUGCUGUGUCUCUCACAUGGAGCUUGGCCUUGGUAUGUAUCAUGCUGGAUUCCAGCUCCAACAAGGGACUAUCCCACAGUUGAUACCUUUAAAGCCAGUCUAAAGAAAUGGCUGAAACAAAACCAGGUUGUUCAGCUCUUAUUUUAAAGCUUUUAUGUGUCCUCUGUGUUUUUUGUGUUGUCAAUGCUCUGUAUCAGUGGUUCACUUCUUUUGUCUUUGUCAUGUGUGAAUGUAUAUUUGUAUAUGUAUCCUGUU